AAUAAAGAUUUAAUGUCAAGUGAGAAAGGAGAGACAACAGAUCCAAAAUUGAGAAAUGGACCAGUAGUUGAAAGAGAAUGUACUGAUAUAUUUUGCUUAUUACUUUUUAUUGUCUUUACAAUUGGUAUGUUUUUUAUAAGUGGUUACGCUUUUAAAAAUGGUGAUCCUCAUAGAAUAGCAUAACCAUAUGAUCCUGAUCGUAUAAUUAAAUUAAUAUAAAGAUCGGGCGUGUGGAGUUGAUGGUGAUGUAGCUGAUUAUCCCUACAUUUAUUUUGCUAACCCAACGAAUCCCAAGUAUUUGUAUGUGACAACCUGUGUAGCAGAAUGCCCAAGUAAUUGUUAUAAUUUAUUUAGUAGAAGAGGAUAGUUAAACUCCUGAAUAAGCUCCUGCAUAAACACCUGAAUAAACACCUCCAUCAUCCAGACAUACUAAAAUAUCUCACCUAGAAGAGACUCAAAGAAACUCAAAAUUACCUAGUGAAUUAAAGUGUUAAACAAACUCAAUUGUUAAAAGUUGUAAAUAGAAUGUAUUAAGCACAAACUAAGAAGAAGUCGUUGUAAUUUACAAUUCAGAAUUAUGUAUAUAAAUAAAUUUUAUUUAAGUUAUGAAUACUGUCUGUUUACCAACAACUAAAUAAUAUUAUGAAACUGUAAAAGAUAAAAUUGAUAUUGAAACUAUGGAGAAAGUAUCAAAUGAUAUGAUAACAACCAAAUGGCUAAUCUUUGGAUCCAUAGGUAUAGCUUUGGUUCUUGGAUUCAUAUUUUUAUUCCUAAUAGAAACAUUGGCUGGAUGUGUUAUCUGGACAUUGAUAUUGUUAUUAUUAAGUGUAUUAAUAGCAGGAGGUAUUUAUACAACAGGAUACUAUUAUGCAUUAACUGAUCCUUCUAAAUUACCAGCAUCAGCAUAAGCAGAGAUUGAUGCUUAAACUCUAUAAGAAUAAGCUUAAGCAAAUAAUGUUAAUCCUAAAAAUUAUUUAUAUAUUGGAAUCACAUUGUUUUCUUUAGCUGCCUUGGUUCUAUUAGCUACCUGUUGUAUGUAUUCCAGAAUUCGGCUAGCUAUUGCUAUACUUGAAGUAUAAAAUUAUUUAAUAGUAUUUUAUAGACUGCAUGUGAUUAUGUCUAAGCUAAUUUCACAGUUGUUAUUCUACCUUUUGCAACCUUUUUUAUUAUGCUUACUUAUUUCAUUUACUGGUUUGUUGUAGCAUUGUAUUUAUUUAGUACUGGAGAAACUACAAAUAAACCUAAAUAAUUACCUUUUGGAUAAUUUUCAUUCACUCAAAAUUAAAAAAUAUUUGCUAACAUUCAUCUAUUUGGAUUACUCUGGAAUUCUUCAUUUAUCAUUGCUUCUGUUGAAUUUAUUAUUGCUGGAUCUGUUUGUAUAUGGUACUUCUAAUAAGGACCUAGAGCAUAAGAAGGAGGUCCAAUUCCAUUACCAACUGCUAUUUCUAGAUUCUUUAGAUAUCAUUUAGGAACUGUUGCCUUUGGAUCUUUAAUUUUAGCUAUUAUUGAAUUUAUUAGAAUUUGGUUAGCAUUCCUAUAUAAAUAAUAAGAAGAAUUAAUUAAGAAAAAUAAAUUCUUUGAAUACUUGUUUAAAUGCUUAAUGUGUUGUAUGUGGUGUUUUGAGAAAUGUGUUCAAUAUAUUAAUAAAAAUGCUUAUGUUGUUAGUAACAUGACAGGCAAAGGUUUCUUUUAUUCAGCAAAAGAAGCUGUAUUCUUAAUUGCAAGAAAUCCUCUUAGAUUUGCUACUGUUGGAGGAUUUGGAGAAAUAUUCAUUGCUCUAGGUAGAGGUUUCAUUGCAUUAUUAACUGGUCUAUUUUGUUAUUUUAUUAUAACAAGAACUGAAAAAUUCAAAUAUAAUGUAACCUAUCCAGAAGCACCUUCACUUCUAUGUGGUGCAUUAGGAUUAGUUGUUGGAUCUUUAUUCAUGUCAAUAUAUGGAGUUGCUUGUGAUGCAAUAUUAAUUGUUUUUGUCAUGGAUGAAGAAAUGGAAAAACAAAAUGGCAAAGGAGUUGCCUUAUGUUGUCCACCUAAAUUGGAAAAAUUUUUAGAAGACCAAUGAUAUUAUAUAAAGAAC